CAGCUCGUGGAUGAGAAUUAUUUUCCCCACACCCCUCAACCCACCAUCACCACUCCCUCCCUUAACCUUCUGAUACGGCAGAUUUCAUCAGCGGUGCUGGUGUUGACAUUGACAGCCAAGGAUUUUGUCUCCUCACCAAGGUUAGUUUUCUUGGAAAGAACCGUAGGCUACAGGCUGGUUCAAAUGUGGACCUGAAACAUGCUGCGGAAAAGAGGCUGAUGACCGGACUGUUCUUGAAGGAUACCGAGAUGUAGUAGUGUGCAAAUCGCCUCUUAUGAGACUCCGCUGCACGGCGUGUUGCAUUGAUAGACGGCCGAAAACCAAAAAAUGUCGACCAAAACACCUUUACCAACCGUGAAUGAGCGUGAUGCGGAAAAUCACAUGUCCGUGGAUGGACUCCGAGAUGGCCCGACCCCUCCCAUGAAGUCCGGCAGCCGCCAGAGUCUUUCUCGGUGCCGCAAUUCCACAUCUGAUGAGCAUCCACAUAUUGGAAACUACCGUCUCCUCAAGACCAUUGGCAAGGGCAACUUUGCCAAAGUCAAGCUGGCGCGGCAUGUUCUAACAGGAAGAGAGGUCGCAGUGAAGAUAAUAGACAAGACACAGCUGAACCCCACCAGUCUGCAAAAGCUCUUUAGGGAGGUUCGGAUAAUGAAGCUGUUGAAUCAUCCAAACAUAGUUAAAUUAUUUGAAGUCAUAGAAACAGAGAAGACACUUUACUUAAUAAUGGAAUAUGCCAGCGGAGGUGAGGUAUUUGACUACCUUGUGGCUCAUGGACGAAUGAAAGAGAAAGAGGCUCGGGCAAAGUUUCGACAAAUUGUGUCUGCAGUGGAGUACUGCCAUCAGAAGAGGAUAGUGCAUAGAGAUCUGAAGGCAGAGAAUCUACUGUUGGAUGCAGAUAUGAACAUAAAGAUAGCAGACUUUGGCUUCAGUAAUGAAUUCACCCUGGGAAGCAAGCUGGACACCUUCUGUGGCUCACCCCCUUACGCUGCCCCUGAGCUCUUCCAGGGAAAGAAAUAUGAUGGGCCUGAAGUGGACGUUUGGAGCUUAGGAGUCAUCCUAUACACACUGGUCAGCGGAUCAUUACCUUUUGAUGGCCAAAACUUGAAGGAGCUAAGGGAAAGAGUUUUGAGAGGGAAAUACCGCAUACCCUUCUACAUGUCCACAGACUGUGAGAACCUGCUUAAGAAGCUUUUAGUGCUGAACCCAGUAAAGAGAGGCAGCUUGGAGCAAGUGAUGAAGGACAGGUGGAUGAAUGUAGGCCAUGAGGAGGAAGCGCUGAAACCAUAUACGGAGCCAGAACAAAACAACAGUGACACUAAAAGAAUUGAGUUGAUGGUGACAAUGGGAUUCCCUAAGGAUGAGGUCAUUGACUCUCUUUUGGGACAGAAGUACGAUGAGGUUAUGGCCACUUACCUGCUACUUGGUAGAAAAACCCCAGAGUUUGAAGGAAAUGAAUCUGUGUCUACCAACCUGUGUCAGAGGUCACGGCCCAGCAAUGACCUCAACAACAGCCUUGGUCAGCCCCCAAACCCAUCCAAUGUUCAGCGCAGCAUUUUGACCAGUCAGAAGCAGCAACGACGCUUCAGUGAUCAUGUGGGCCAAUCUGUUUCUCCAGCAGUGUCUGGCUCAAAGCAUGCUCAGGUCAGCAUUGUGGAGAGUGAACAGAAGGAUGAACAAGAUAGUUCAUCUAAGUCGACCUCUGCUGGCUCCAAAGCUGAUCUCCAAGCCUCGCCAUUACAUGCUGUUGACAAGAAGAAACUGUCCACCAUAUCAGGGACCAAUGGAGGGAUGACCCGCAGAAACACAUAUGUGUGUGAGCGCUCAGCUGACCGCCUCUCAGCUAUCCCCAAUGGAAAAGACAGCAGUCUAACUGAGGUCGCCAGUUCCUCUACGUCUGGGGCCUCUUCCAAUCCGGUGCCUCCACGCCCCCGACACACCAAGUCCAUGUCAGCCUCAGGCCACCCCUCCAAAAGCACUCUACCCCCCAUCCAGGAUAACAGCGAAUACAAUCCAGGUUCCACACCCCGUCCCCCUUCUACUUCCCCUUCAGCCCACAGCAUCAGCACCCCAGAGCGCACACGGUUUCCACGAGGUACUUCCAGCCGCAGUACAUUCCAUGGUGCUCAGCUCCGUGACCGUCGCAGUGCCACCUACAAUGGGCCUCCUGCCUCACCCACCCUUUCCCAUGACACAGCCGCUCUUGCUCAGGUUUGCCGUGGCACAUCCACGGGCAUCAUCAGCAAGAUCACCUCCAAGUUUGUACGAAGGUUUCCAAGUGAAGGAGAAGCAAGUGGCAGAACGGACACUCCAAGGAGUGCGUCUGGAGAGCCCAAAGAGGAGAGCCGUGACUGCAAGCCCCGUUCGCUGCGCUUCACUUGGAGCAUGAAGACCACCUCUUCUAUGGACCCAGGGGACAUGAUGCGUGAGAUUCGCAAGGUGCUGGAUGCCAAUAACUGCGACUAUGAGCAGCGUGAGCGUUUCCUCCUCUUCUGUGUCCAUGGUGAUGCACGGCAGGAUAGCCUUGUCCAAUGGGAAAUGGAGGUGUGCAAGCUGCCCCGCCUCUCACUUAAUGGUGUGCGUUUCAAGAGAAUAUCUGGUACAUCCAUUGCCUUUAAGAACAUUGCCUGCAAAAUCGCAAAUGAGCUAAAGUUGUGAAAGGAUUGAAAAUGAAGUGGUGAGAAAAUAAUCUGAGGGUCGAAAGGGGUCUAGUUAGAUCAGAUGAGCAUCUACUCUCUUUAGAUCAACAUACUUUGGACACAAGAUAACGAUGUCUGUCUAUAUCUGGAUAUAGUGGAGGUCUUUGUCCACUGACAAAUAUGAAGAUGGAAGAGAAACACUUCAGUUUCAACCCUCGUUUAGUAACAGCCUGCUUCAGUACUCCAGUCUGUUUCCUGCAGUGUGUGGCUUGAAGACAACCAUCCAGGCAAUAAUGUCACUCACCUCCUAGGAACUAUGAGUUUUGUCUACUGAAUGGCCAUGAAAGGAGCAAACCAAACGUGCUUUUCCUCUUGUAUAGGUGAACAUGUGAAAUUGCUCAUUUACGCUUAAUCUUGUUAUGGUUAUACUAUGCUACAAGUUUAUGCAUUGCGCCCACAGGUACUGUAUAGUUGCUCUGAUAUCUGUUAAAAAAUCUAUGCUUACUGUAUAAUAGCUAUAAUUUCUAAAGAUUUGUGCCCUAACAGAUAAGUUUUAUUUUAUUCUUGUAUAAGAAACAUUGUAUGUUCAUAUUGUACAUGCAAAACAAACUGUACUGUAUAUAAAUUACUUGAAAUAUGUGAAAUUGCAAGUUGGAUGAUGAUGAGACUCUUAUCACAUGUUCAUACAGACUCCCAAAAGACUCAACAACACAUGCCCAUCAGUUAUCUUUAUUAUUAUCACUCCUCUGUUUUCUGUAAGCAAGUGAUGUACUGUAUUCACAAAGCCCUGUUGCACUUGUACAACCUGCUGAUCAGGUUUACUUUGAUCACCACAUCUCAUACGAUGUUUUUUUCCAGUUCAGUUUAGAUUUUACAAGAAUUGUUGACAAUACGUAUUUAUUAUAUUCAGUGUUUGUGUAUGUGUUUGUGUGUGAGUGAGUGAGAGAGAAAGAGAAAGACAGACACUGCUUUGCAAUGAUAAAAACAUUUUGUUUCCGUUUCUGUUGUGAAUAAGGAUGAAUGAAACGGGAAUGAAAUGAGCACUUGAAGAAAUAAAUUGCGGUUGAUGUUUUUCAAGGCUCUUGUUUCUAGUCCACUCACUGGUGGGUCUUUUACAGUAAAGUUGACAUAGUGAUUCAUUCCAAACCCUUACAAAUAUAAUCAAUCGGGAAUUAAAAGAGGGUGUUGACCUCUAGGACAUGGAAUUCAUAUGUGCAAAUAGUGUUUCAGAGGCAUUGUGCUAGAUCUGCUCCUUUUGCUUCGAUCAUGACCCAUCCUGACCAACUCCCUAGAAUGAGACAUGCACUGAAGUCAGGACAUUUAGAGAUCAUUUCAGAACCUGUAAUAUUACAGAAUUGUGGUUGUGUUACCAUAACAUUUACUUAUGUUCAAUGAAAACAUUCCAACAAGAAGUUUCCAUUGAAAAAAGUUUGAAUGAGUCAUUUUGGAUUCCAUCUCUGAUAAACAAUAUUAAAACUUGGAAGAAAUAAAAGAAAA